AUGGAUUGUUGCACUGAUUCAAGCAUUGUAGAACAGUUUCGUUUGGUCUGGCUUGAUGCUCAUCUCGAUAAAUCGAAUGAAAACGUUUAUCUUCUUAAUUAUUUCAGACGUGUGAUGAAGAAUAUUGACAUAUUCACCAAUUCAGAAAAAUGUAUUGAUUUUCUUUCUCAAAUCAUUAAUGAACAAGUCUUUAUGAUUGUCUCUGGAAGUUUGGGACAAAAUAUUGUACCUCGUAUACAUGAUAUGCAACAACUCAAUUCAAUCUAUGUGUAUUGUACAAACGAAUCACGUCAUGAAAAAUGGACAUGUAAUUGGUCGAAAGUAAAGGGUAUUUUUACUAAAAUUGAUUCCAUACGUAUUGCACUACAACGAGCUAAACGACAAUUGAAUCAGAAUUCCAUUGAAAUUAGUUUUAUCUCAAUCAAUGAAACAACUGUUCAAGAUGUACAUGAACUCGAACCAUCCUUCAUGUAUACCCAACUUCUCAAGGAGAUUCUAAUGGAAAUCAAUGACGAAAAUGAUACAAGAGCAAUCGAAGAAUUGUCUGUCUAUUGUCAUAAUCUGUAUGCUGACAAUAAAGUUGAAUUGAAUAAUAUUGAUCAAUUUGUACGAGAGUAUCACGAUCAUACACCCAUAUGGUGGUACACAUACGAAUGUUUUUUAUAUCCAAUGCUCAAUCGUAGUUUACGCAUGCUCGAAGUGAAUGUUAUACUCAAAAUCGGCUUCUUUCUUCGUCAUCUUCAUCAUCAUAUUGAACAACUACACAAAGAACAAUCCGAUGAACAUCAUAUUCCAUUUACUGUUUAUCGUGGUCAAGGCUUAUCAAAAGCAAACUUUGAUAAGUUGUUUGGAAGAAAAGGAGGAUUGUUAGCAUUCAAUAAUUUCUUAUCUACUAGUAUGGAAAGAAAAAUCUCUGAGAAUUUUGCUCUUUGUGCAUUAAGCAAUCCAGAUUUUGUCGGUAUUCUCUACGUUAUGACAGUCGAUCCUGCUGUAUCCUCUGCUCCAUUUGCUUUAGUCAAUGAUGUCAGCUAUUAUAAAGACACCGAACAAGAGAUUCUUUUUUCGAUGAACACAAUAUUUCGUAUUAGUCAGAUCGAGCAAAUCGAUGGCAACGAUCGUCUCUGGGAAGUGAAACUCAUUCUCACUGCUGAUAAUGAUCCAGGACUAAGUAAUCUACUUGAACGUAUUCGAGACGAAACUCAAGGAGCAACUGGAUGGCUACGAUUAUGUCGAUUGUUAAUGAAACUAAAUCAGACUGAAAAAGCCGAACAAGUGUAUAAAGCAUUACUCGAACAAAAUCCCGCUGAUCCAAUGAAUGGCUAUUACUAUCAACAGCUUGGAUGCGUCAAAUACCAACAAGGCGAAUAUCAGCAUGCAAUUUCUUACUAUGAAAACGCUCUUGAAAUUUUCUUAAAGUAUCUUCCGUCAAACCAUUCUCAUGUAGCAACAUCGUAUAACAGCAUCGGUGCAGCAUAUUUUGGCAUGGGUGACUAUACGAAAGCAGUUUCUUUUUACGAGAAGAGUAUUGAAAUUCGUCAAGAAACUGGUCCUUUGAAUUAUCCUUCAUUGGUCAGUCCGUACAACAACAUGGCAAUUGUACAUACUAAAAUGGGUGAAUAUUUCAAAGCGAUUUCAUACUAUCAAAAAUGUCUUGAUAUUGAAGAAAAAAUUCUUCCGGCGAAUCAUCCUGAUUUAGCUCUAUCUUACAAUAAUAUUGGUGGUGUAUACGAUUGCAUGAAGGAUUACUUGCAAUCACUUUCGUUUUAUGAAAAAGCUUUGAAAAUCCGCCAGAAAUCGCUUCCUGAAAACCAUCCAGACAUAGCUGAAUCCUACAGUAAUAUAGGUGCAAUCUAUACAAAUAUGGAUGAAUACGCAAAAGCACUUGAGUCACAGGAAAAAGCCUUGCAAAUCCGUCAAAACAGUCUACCUCCAAAUCAUCCGGACUUAGCUGUUUCAUACAAUAGUAUCGCUCAAGUGUAUGGUAAAAUGGGUGAAACUUCAGACGCGCUCGCAUACUACAAUAAAGCCUUAGAAAUUCGUCGAAAAAUUUUCCCGUCCAAUCAUCCUGAUUUAGCAACAUCUUAUAACGACAUUGGCGUCUUGUAUGGCAAUAUGGGAGAAUACUCAAAAGCAAUUUCGUACUUCGAAAUUGCAGUCCAAAUGGCAGAACUUUCAUUACCUCCCAAUCAUCCUGAUCUUCAACAAUUUCGCCAAAGUCUUGAAUAUGUCAGAAGAAAACUGUAA